AUGGCUUCUCUUCCACCCCCCACAGGCACAGGUGCGGUCCCAAAAAUCGAGGACAAAAAAGAAAAGAAAAUCAGAAAAUCGUUAGUUCCGGAAACUAAGAUCAUGCAACUCCAGCUCCAAAAAUUCGAACAGAAGAUCAAGGAGCAAGACAUGGAAAUUGCUGCCCAAUGGCAAGAAUUGACCAAGUUGAUGAUAAUGAACCAAGAGCUAACACUUAGGCUAGAAAACCAAAUAGCGCGCCAACUAGUUGCUCAACAGGAGCCCUCUCCAGCCAAUUAUGAAUUACCGAAUUCCCAGACCGCCGAAGAAGACCUGAUGAUGGAUGUCGCUGGCCAUCAAGGCCUCAAGAGGCUAAGGUCACUCUCAGAAACCGAAAAGGACACCCCAACCAACCCCCCCAUGGGCAUCCCCGAGCAGACAGCUGGACCUUCUCAGCCCACUGAGAAGAAAACAGCAAAAAGUGCUAUCCCCCCGAUAGUACUGAAAACGUCGUCGGAAUGGACCCUAGUCCAAAGAAAAUUGGCCUCGAAAGGGGUUAAAGUGGACACUGGAAAACUGACUAAAGGCGGAGUCAAAAUCCAGACAAAAACGGUGGAAGAAUACCGGUCAGCCACCAAAAUCCUGGAAGAAGAAAAACACGAGUUCCACACUUACUCGCUGCCCGAUGACAAACCGCACUACGCGGUUAUGAGAGGCAUCGAUAUCAGUGUGAAACCACUGGACAUAAAAGAAGACCUGGAGUCCAAAGGGCUAAUCAUCCUGGCAGUGCACAGGAUGAAAUCCGUGAGGACGAAGAAAGAAAUCCCAUUGGUACUAGUCCAAGUACCAAAGUCAGACCCCAGAAUUUGGAAAGUGAGCGACAGUUGUGGAUACUCCGUGAAAAUGGAAAUUCAGAACCCCCCACCCAAGAAGGUAGCCCAAUGCCACAGAUGCCAGCAAUUUGGUCACGGACAGACCAACUGCAGGCGUGAGUACAGAUGCGUGAAGUGCGGCGAACCCCACCCCACCCCAACAUGCCCAAAACCAAGGCACACCGACGCCACGUGUGCCAACUGCAAAGGCAAACAUCCAGCCAACGUCAGAGGAUGCCCCAAAACCCCGAAACUGCCAACCACAGCAGCAAAACCCACCACCAAACCAGCCCCAAAACCAAGGACUCGACAGGCAACUGCAGCAUCCACCACAAUCCCAGGUAGGACGUAUGCUAAUGCAACUACUUCCACAGCGCAGGUGAAGAAGAUACCUUCUCCCCUAGCUCAACCCAUCCCCCUAGAGUAUUGUAGAUCAUAUCCUGAAGAAGACAUCACUAUGUGGGAUUCAGUAAGCGAAGAUAAAACAUCAGGAAGCGAGUAUUGUGCUUCAUCAAGUUACGACUCUGAUGAGGUCAGCAAACAGUACAACAAAACAUCGAAAAGAAAAAUAACAAACGAAAUUAGAAAGAAAACGUUAGGCAGAAAUAGCAGACCACAUUCGAAUGACGUAAUAAGGAUUCAAAAUAUUACAAUCGACAAUAAAAAUGAGAAAAUUAUAGAAAGUGAGCAAACACCAUCUGAUGCAGCUAAUCAGCUAGGGGUUGGAACAAAUGAAGAGAAUGUUUACGAUGUUGAAGAUAAAAACUACCUAAUUCAGAAGAAGAUGAAGAAGAUAAAGAUUUUAACGAAAAGAGAGAUAAAAAGCUUCUCUGGUGCGAGUGACACCGUUAUUGAAACUAAAGCAGGAUCAUCCAUUAGAGGAGCAGCAAAAGCGAAUAGAAUACCUGAAAAAACUCUACGCCAUCGUUUGGAAUCAAAUAAUCUCGUCAAGGGAAAACUAGGAUCACCACCAGUCCUUGGCUGGGAUGCAGAGAAAAAAAUCGUUGUACACGUGAAGAGACUGCAAAAGGCUGGAUAUGCCCCAACAAAAACUGCUCUGCGCAAGAUGGCGUAUAAUUUGGCAGAGAGAAUGGGCAAACUCCCAUUCACACAUAUCUGUGGAAAAAAUCGUACUGCAGGCAAGGGGUGA